AUGGAAGUCUUUCGACUCGCCACCACCACCAAGGAGCCCGUCGCAGCCCAGGUGGAGACGGCCAAAAGCCCAAAGCUCCGCCUACGCGAGGAUGGAGGCCUGCAGAAGAUGACCAUCACCACGCCGCUCUUCUAUGCCAAUGGCUCUCCGCACAUCGGAAGUGCCUACCCGGCCAUUGCAGCGGACGUGAUGGCUCGUUAUGCCAGACUGCACAAUGCGGAGGUGCACUACGUCACAGGCAUGGACGAGCACGGGGAGAAGAUCGCCCAGACGGCGGCCAGCCAGGAGAAGACUCCUCAGGAGUUGGUGGAUAGCAUCGCGGGGGAGUUCCAGGACCUGUGGGAGAUGCUCCAAGUGAAGCCGGACCAUUUUGCUCGGACCACCCCGCAGAAGCACAAGGAGAUUGUCCACGAGAUGUGGCAGCGCUGCCUGGACAAUGGCGACAUCUACAAGAAAGAUUACACCGGCUGGUACUGCGUAGGCUGCGAGGCCUACCUGGAUCAGGACGAGAUGUCGGAGGGUCACGUGUGCAAGAUCCACCAGAAGGUCUGCGACCACCGCAGCGAGGAGAACUACUUCUUCCGCCUCUCCAAGUACUGGGACGCGGUGAAGAAGCACGUGGAGGAGACGCCGGACUUCAUCCUGCCCACCAGCCGCCGGAGCCAGAUCCUGGUUUGGCUGGACGACGAGAACAAGCGGGACUUCUCCAUCAGCCGCGCCAGCACCUCUUGGGGCAUCCCGGUGCCGAAGGACGACUCCCAGGUGAUCUACGUGUGGUUCGACGCGCUGCUGGGCUACAUGUCCUCCCUGCUGGAAGAGGACGACCCAGCCACCUUGGACUCUGUGCUCAAGCGCGGCUGGCCGGCGGAGGUGCACGUCAUCGGAAAGGAUAUCAUGAGGUUUCACGCCAUCUACUGGCCGGCCAUGUUGAUGUCCGCGGGCCUGCCGCUGCCAAAGCACAUUUGCACCCACGGGUUUCUCACCAAGGACGGCCUCAAGAUGGGCAAGUCCCUGGGGAAUGUGGUGGAGCCGGUGCCGCUGGUGGAGAGCUUCGGCUCCGACGCGGUGCGCUUCUUCUUCGGAGCGGGGCUGUCGUUUGGGCUGGACGGGGACUUCAGCUACGAGGCCUUCAUCAACAAAGUGAACAGCAGCCUGGCGAAUGAGCUGGGGAAUCUGGUGCACCGCAUCCUCACGCUGCUCCGAAAGAACCUCCAGGAGCCGGCCUCGGCGCUAGACCUGGGAGAUCUGGCGGAGCUGGAGAGCCACCCGGUCCGGGCGGCGGCUCUGAGGGCGCCUGAGGCUGUGGCAACCUUCUACGAGCAGCUGGAAAUCCCCAAGGCGGUCACGGCUGCGCUGGAGAUUGCGACGGUGGCGAAUGUGAGGAUGAAUGAGGUGGAGCCCUGGGCGAAGUUCAAGCAGGGCGAGGAGGAGAAGCGGACGGCGAUCCGGGAGCUCCUUGUUAUGGCGGAAGGCGUGCGGAUUUGUGCGCUGCUGCUGUCCCCGGUCUGCCCGGGGGUCAGCGCCAAGAUCUGGGCAGAGCUGGGCCUAAACGAAGGCGCUGAAGGCAUGGAAUGGAGUCAGACGAGCUGGUGCUGGGAUGCGAUCCCCGGCUUGGCCGCGGGCAAGAAGCCGAAGCCGGUCUUCCAGCGGAUCGACGUGGAGCCCUGGAAGGGCCUGUGA